GAAAACUUGUAUUUCAGACUACUAGUGCUAGCUACAGGUGUACAGAGUCAUUCGUGCGAUCAACGACCCGCAGGGGACCAUCCAAAACACUUCGCGCAUUCGCGCGGACACGGGCGCCUAUUGCGACGCUACUCGAACUGCGAAGUCUCGUCGCGCCGUGGUUAUCAUCCUGCCGCGCCCGCUCGCGAAUGACUCGGUGGCGCCUCUCUGACCGCUCGUCUCCGAGCUCGCGCCGCAGCACCUCCACGGGUGUGCGUCCUUCGCACGCAAGGAGAAUGGGGCGUAUGGGGCUGUCCGCAUUGCAGUUGUGUGGCGGCCGCUGCUCCUGACCUACUACGGACAGGCUUGACUGCCGCAAGGGCUGCGGCGCGCCGUCUGGAACGUCCGGGAUAUCGCUCGCUGGCCUGUCGUGGAGUGAUUGAGCGAGAAACACUGCAUUGAGCGCACCGCAUACCGCUCGAUCACUUUUGAACGAACUCCGAGCCGCGCUAUAACUGAGACGCAAAGUCGGGGAUAGAUGUCGCCACCGCACAGGUCCUGUGAGUCUGCGAUACGAUUUCCCUAAGCGCCAUCGGCCUCGCCCGCCGGACCGCGGGGAGAACACGCCAUGACUGCCGUUGCGAGAGGCCGCGAUCGCUGGCGCUCGGCGUGUCCAGAAGACGAUUGCGUACACUCCGCGAGCUCGGACACAUGCAGGAACCUCUUGACACGCAGCUCGAGGGCGUUGCGCACCCCUGUGCCUCGCUCGCUUGCCCGUGUGCUGGCGGUCUUUCUCUGCUUGCUCGUCGACUACGUCGUCGCUUUUGAGUGCGCAUGACGCCUACUUUGAUGUCUAUCCUCCGAGCCGCACCCUUUCGCAUGCCGACGGAAAUGGAUUGCCUGCCGUGCCGCAUACUCGACAUCGCCACUAUCCCGACAUGGGAGAGUCGUUUCUCCCCCCACACCUGCGUGUUGAAGACGAUUGUGGCGCACUUUAAACGUCUUGGAGAGACCUAGCAAGGCAGCGCGUAGUGCGCGUUUUGUACGGCCUGAUCGCCCGUAAAGAACCUUCUGCGAUGUAGAGUUCCUGCAUGUCUCGGAGGCAAAGGCGAAAAUGAAUAUUUCCAUCAUACAGCCGCUGCGAGUCCACGACAUAAUUCCCCCGGUGCUUCAUUCUCCACCGGCCAGAGUGUGUGACGCGAAAAGAGAGCCAUACAAGGGCUUUCUACGCUAGACGGUUAGGCGGCCCUCAACGCAUCCGGGAGAGCGCGGGGCACUCUGGGGACUCGGAUAGAUUCGGGCGCCUAUUCUGACGGGACGCGAAACUGCAGAGGCUCGCGCGCUCGACGGCUGCCUUCUGCCGCGGUCCUGCUUGCCCACAAUCUACGCGUUCCCAUCCGCACCAUCGUGCUCUCCGGGUGAGAAUCCGCCGCCUAAAUCUCUCUCACCUCGAUCACACCCAAAUCGGUGCUCGACUGGGAUGUGGGUAUAUACGCGUACUUUCUGGCCGCGCGCCAUGGAUAGAAAUCGCAUGCGGUCGCGGUGCCACGAGCGCCUAUCUUGCCGCUCCUUGAAAUGUCCAAGUCCUCCGUGCUUCCACCUCUCUCGCAUCUUGCAUGGUCAUGAUAUCGACUCUGGAGGCCACAAGAUGGGCCCAACAGACUGGGCCGGCUAUCCACACUGUGGCCUCGACUCGACAUGCCUAGGGAAUGGCACAGAAUGCGAGGACGUAGACGCUGCGCAGAGUGGUUUAUCGAGAUUGUGGGUACCGGUCUAGAUCAAGGCCAAUCUCGUGGAAAACCUCAAUCGGAAACGUAUUGUGAGCCCCUUCGCCGACUUUGCCCGUCGACUCGCACUCAUCGUGGCCAUCACAUGCGAGUAGAGUAUGUAGGCACCACUCUGUGUCAUCCAAGUGAGUCAUUCGAUUGCAGAUGUGCAAGACGCGUGCCGCCUUCUAUAUGCGUGUACUAGGCUCAGCUGCGAGCCCUACCUGCGCCGCGAACUCGCCGUCGCCACCACAAAUGCGCAGGAGCGUGAGGACGCCCUGAAGCAGAUGAAAGCUUUGGAUGCGGUACAGUUUGACACUCCUAGCUUCCAGGGGGGGCGAACGUAGCGAG